AUGAACGCUAUCUACAAUCAUGGAGUCAAGCAGAAGAACCAAUUGCAGGUAGAUUUAGGGAAAUUUGAGAAAGAUCCUUACACUUCUCCGAUCUCGCUUCAGGGCUCCAUUUCAGCUACUUUGGUCUCCUUCGAAAGAACCAUUGAACAAUAUAAGGAUCAAUUCAAAAAGUAUCAGACAAACAACCUAGAUGGCAGUGAAACUGAAAAUGUGAAAUAUCAAAAUCGAUUAGAUUCUUUGGUUUCAGCACACAAGGAUUUUGCAGUUAAGUUUGCAGAGCUUAAAGAGCAGUAUAACAAGUCAGAUGCGCGUUCCCUGCUAUUUAGUGGUAGUGAUGCGUACAAAGUGGAUGGCGAAUCCGUGGUAAAUAAGCGCAGUGUUCCACAGGUAAAUUCUGCAAGCCCUCGUGCUUCAUUUGAUCAUAGAGCUGGUUUGCCGUUGUACAAUGGUCUUCAAAAAGAGCAAUCGAUAUUCCAACGUGGUAACGCCCAACUGGAUUUGAUCUUGGAAAUGGGGCACCAGUCUCUCGAUGAUUUGGUAGAACAGAAUCAAAUACUGAGGAAGGUGCAGGACCGCAUGUCUAGCAGUCUGAGGACCCUUGGUGUCUCUGAGGGCACUAUUCAAAUGAUAAACAGACGGGCGUUUAAGGACAAGCUAAUAUUUUGGUUUGCUUUUAUCCUGAUGCUGAUAGGUUUCUACUUCGUGUUCAAAUGGCUUCGUUAA